GGGGUCUAUUUCGACAUUUUCAAGCAGCUUGCCGGCAGAAAUAUUGCAAGUCAUUGUGAACACAGAGUAUAUACACAGGGGAGGUUGCUUUGUAGUCCUAUUUGACAUUUUGCUUGCAAGAAGUGUGUGCAGGUAGCGUCUGUUAUACGAAUACAUCACUAGUUCAAGAUGACGAUUGAUUUCUACUACGUGCCUGCCAGUUCUCCCUGCCGCACUGUCCUUCUGGCAGCGAAAGCUAUUGGUGUUGAUCUGAACCUCAAACUGACAAAUCUCAUGGCUGGGGAACAUCUUAAACCCGAAUUUCUGAAGAUUAAUCCUCAACAUACCGUACCCACCCUCAAUGACAAUGGAUUCUCUCUCUGGGAAAGCCGUGCCAUCAUUGGCUACCUAGCUGACAAGUAUGGCAAGGAUGAUACACUGUACCCAAAGGACCCCAAGAAGCGUGCCCUUGUUAAUCAGAGGCUGUACUUUGAUAUUGGAACUCUGUAUCAGAGAUUUGGUGAUUAUUAUUACCCAAUCAUGUUUGCUAAAGCCCCAGGUGAUCCAGAGAAGAUGAAGAAAAUUGAGGAAGCUUUUCAGUUCUUGGAUAAGUUUCUGGAGGAACAUGAUUUUGUAGCAGGAAGCGAUCUUACAAUUGCUGAUUUGUCAAUAAUUUCUACUGUGUCUACUGCUGAGAUCCUUGGUUUCGACAUCAGUAAAUAUCCUAAUGUUGCAAAGUGGUUUGAGAAGUCAAAGAAGAUAAUUCCUGGUUACGAUGAGAUCAAUCAUGCUGGGUGUUUGAAAUUCAAAGAAAUGUAUGACAACCUCAUCAAAAAGUGAUGGAAGCCAGAGUUUUCACAGGCAUUUCCAUUCAUUCAUUAAAGAAUGAUCACUGUUGCACUGCAAUUUGGUGAUGAAGUUAUUGCCAUAUUAUGAUCUUAAUAAUUUAUAUAUUUUUCACUAUUUGGAAAUUGUCUUCACACCAUCCUGUUACAGGAAAUGCAGACAUUUGUAGAUAUGGAACAUGAAUUGUUGAGAUUGCCAAUGUAGAGAGAGAGUGGAAAGAAGAUCUUUUGUUGUACACAGUUGUAUCACUGAUGUGAAUUAUUUUUUAGUAAAAGUAAAACACCAAUGUACUACAUGUACUGAUUUAUUUUAUGAAUAUUUAAUUAAGAAAUGUGGCAUAAUCAUUGUUUGGAAUGUAGUAUCACUUUUACAUUAUGCACAAUAAACUUUUGCCAGCUGUGUA